AAUGAAUUAUGUUACAGCUUCUCUAAAGGAUUUAUUACCAUCAAAUUAAAAGGCUGUGAUUAAGUUCAAAAUAACCCCUGCUAAGAAAAUAGACUCAAUCUGUUAAUGCAAUUAAAAAACCUGCAUGAUAUGUUCUCGUAAAAGAUCAUCAUCUAUGCUUUCAUUAAAAUCAAUUAAAAACUCAGUUGUUGUUGAUGAAAAUUCUCCUGGACUUAAAAGAACAGAAAAUAAAAACAAUUUUGUAAUACAAUCUAGCCUUCUUUCUAAGUAACUCUCAAGAUAAGUAUCUAACCAUCAAAUCCAAAAUUAAUUUUACAAUGGAAAAAUCAAUUAAGAAUCAAAAGGUAGCACAAAUUCAACUACUUGGAUAAUGACAAAUUCUCAUUCUCGAAAAAUAUCGGUAGAUAGUCCGAUAAAGGAAAUCUAAUAAUAAAGUCUAAAUACAAUGGGAAUAGGAAGACAUUCUUUUAAAUUUUUAUAUGUAGUAGGUAAGGGAGGAUUUGGAAAAGUAUGGAGAGUGGAAAUGAAGUCAAAUAGAUAAGAAUUUGCUUUAAAAGAAAUGUUAAAAACCAAGUAUUAAUAUAUAAAAAUUUAGGAUUAUAUCUAAAAGAUCAGUAAAUUCAGUCAUGAAUGAGAAAUUCCUAUUAGAACAUUUGAAACAUCCUUUUAUAGUGAAUAUGCAUUAUGCAUUUUAGGACAGAGAAAAUCUUUAUUUAGUAUUAGAUUUAUUAAGAGGAGGUGAUUUAAGAUAUCAUAUAGGUAGAAUGAAAAAGUUCUCUGAAGAAUAAACAAGUAUUUAAAUAAUAAAGACUAGAAUUUUUUGCUUGUUGUAUUUUAUUGUCAUUACAAUAUUUACAUUAGCAUGGAAUUAUCCAUAGAGAUGUCAAACCUGAAAAUUUAGUAUUUGAUAAAGAAGGAUUUCUAAGAUUAACAGACUUAGGAGUAGCUCGUUUAAAUAAAGAUAGUGUGGCUAAUGAUACUUCAGGUACUCCUGGAUAUAUGGCACCUGAAGUUAUGUGUAGAAUGGAGCAUUCAUUUCCUGUAGAUUAUUAUGCAGUAGGUGUAAUUGUUUAUGAACUUUUAAUGGGUAAGAGACCUUAUAAUGGGAAGAAUCGUUAAGAAAUUAGAGAAUAAAUAUUGGCAAAAUAAAUAUAAAUUAAAGAAAAUACUCCAGGAAUAACAAAUAAGGCUAUUGAUUUUGUUAAUAAAGUAUAUAAAAACUAUAUAAUAUUAGUUAUUGAUAAGAAAGCCUUAAUAAAGACUUGGAUUUAAUGGAAUUGAUGAGAUUUUAAAUCAUUCUUGGUUACACAAUUUUCCAUGGGGGAAGCUUCUAAAUAAAGAAAUCAGAUCUCUCUAUGUACCUGGAGUAUGUUAUAUAAAUUAAGUAGAGUAUCGAUGGCAAUUAUGAUUUUUAAAGUUAGAUCUCAGCUGAUAGUGAACCUUCAGAAGACAGUUCAAUGGUAUUAAGAAGGAAGAGUGUAUAAGGAUUAUUUGAAGGAUACAAAUUCUAAUGA